AUGACUACCCAGAGUGCAAUCGUUGUCCAAGAGCCAGGUCGGGCUGCUCUUUGUCAGGACGUCGCUAUUCCUGAGCUGCCGGAAGACUAUAUUCUUGUCAAAACUAAAGCAGUGGCUCUGAACCCCACGGAUUGGCGUCACAUCGAUUAUGUUUCCUGCAAUGGAGCUACCGUGGGCUGUGACUACGCUGGCGUGGUUGAAUCAGUCGGUUCCCAAGUUAAGAAGCCAUUCAAAAGAGGCGACCGAGUGGCAGGGUUUGUGCAUGGCAGCAAUGCAGUUCGUCCCAAUGGUGGUGCAUUUGCUCAAUAUUUAAUUGCCAAGGGAGACCUUCAAAUCCGCAUACCCGAUAGCAUGAGCUUCGAGGCUGCGGCUACAUUCGGUGUUGGUCUGACAACUGUCGGUCAAAAUCUUUACCAAAGCAUGGAGUUGCCCUACCCGGGCGAGGAAAGCGAGGAGGAUGAAAUGAAUAUCCUCAUCUAUGGAGGCGCAACCGCCACCGGCACUCUUGCAAUCCAGCUAGCCAGGUUAUCCGGGCUUCGAGUGGUCACGACAUGCUCCGAAGCAAACCGCAGUUUGAUGUUCGAACUCGGCGCACACGCGGUCUUUGAUUACCAUGAUCCACAAGUUGGCGAGCAGAUCAAGGAGGAUACCGAUGACGCUCUUGAAUUUGUUCUAGACACAAUCUCCACGCCCCAGUCGGCAGCAAUUUGCAGUGCUGCUAUCUCAUCUGCAGGAGGGUCAUACAACGCUCUUCUUGAUGUCAAAUCUUCUCGAGAUGAUGUUGAUUCCCAUGUCUCAAUGGCAUAUGAUGUCUUGGGUGACCCCUACCGCAUGAGUGCGCAGGAAAUCACGCCCGAUAGCAGUAACCCUGAAUUUGGAAUUAAGUGGUGGAACAUUGUGCAGAGACUCCUUGAGGAUCGCAGGAUCCAGCCCCACCCAUAUCAGGUCAAGCCCGGCGGCUUGGAAGGGGCCUUGGCCGGGCUUCAACUGCUGCGAGAAGGCAAGAUCCGAGCUAGCAAACUGGUCUACCAAGUUGAGUCUUCUUGA